AUGAAUAGCAGACAAAUAAAGUUAUUUCGUUUCCCAAGACAGCAGCUGCAAUUCAAGACAAUGUUGUCAGCUACGAAGAAAAAAUCUUAUGUGCUUGUGAUAGUUACCUUCUGUUCCAUACUGGUGCUGUUCUUUCUAUGUGUGAUCCAAGCUUCAUGCAGACAGGUCUGGUACCAACCUUUCGAUACCGAGAAUAAAAAGGCAUUGGUUGGAACCAGAACUUUUUCGAACCAUCAACCAUGCAGUCCCAUUCGAACCGGUAACCGACUGCGCUACCCUUAA